CAUUACCCAGUAUCAGUAAAGUGGACGCGUAAUCUGGUCAUGCGAGCCAGUCGAUUCGAGCAUUUAAUUUUAACUGAAAAUGAAAACAAUUUACGAAUUGACGUGAUAUAGUUUCUUUGUUGCAUUAAGAACAUUAUAAUCAGUGCGUUAUAAGUGACCAUUGACUUUAAUGUGAUUUGUAUUUUUCCGCAACAACAUUCCAUUUCGCGUCUGAGAACGAUUAAUCAACUUCUCCAUUAACGCAGAGAUUGACAUUAACUGUCUGAACUAUUUUUGCUUUUGAAAAUAUUGGUUCGUCGAAUGGACAAUAAUUUUUGAAAAUACUUGAAGAGCUGUCAUCAUCGAGUUCAGCUGCUAAUUUUGGUGUUUUAUAAACUUCUGGUCCACGAAAAGUCAAAUGGCCAACGUGCAGCUAAUUCACAAAAUUUCAAAGCUAUUUCAACCGAUAUCUGCUGUUUCAAAAGCUUCCCAUUUGGAAAACAAAGAUGCAUUAUCCAAAAGUCAGAAGUUAUUAGUAGAGUUGGGAAUUAUACGACCUGCCAGUCAGGGUCACUUUUAUUUCCUGCCAUUGGGAAUUAGAAUACUCGAUAAGUUAAAAGCUAUAGUUGUUAAGGAAAUGAGCAAUAUUAAUGCUCAGAGGGUCACUUUUCCUUCCCUCACAAAUGCCAGACUGUGGAAAAAAUCAGGUCGUAUUGAAGAUGAGCUUUCAUCUGAGUUAUUUAAAGUUCAUGAUAGACAUGAUGCUACAUAUAUACUAAGUCCAACUCAUGAAGAAUCAGCUGCUGACUUAUUAGCAUCUGUUUCUCAGAUGUCCUAUAAGCAAUUCCCACUAAGACUAUAUCAGAUUACUAGUAAAUUUCGAGAUGAAAUGAAACCCAGAUUUGGUCUAAUCAGAAGUCGAGAGUUUGUAAUGAAAGAUCUAUACUCUUUUGAUGUUAAUAUUGACAAAGCCAAAGAGUCGUACAAUGAAAUUUGUCAAAGUUAUGAUAGAAUAUUUAAACAAAUUGGUAUUGACGUUAUUAAAGUGCUGGGCCCCAGUGGUAAUAUGGGAGGCUCUGUUUCACAUGAAUACCAUUAUGUUGCCCCAAUAGGAGAAGAUAAGCUGUUAUCCUGCUUGAAGUGUGGAUACAAAGCAAAUGUCCAGUUAUCUGGUCGAGAUAAAUGUCCACAGUGCAGUAACACUACUGAACUUGCUUUUGUGAAUGGAUUAGAGGUUGGUCACACAUUUCUCUUGGGAGACAAAUACUCUCGUCCAUUGAAGGCUUUUUACAAGUCAGACAGUGAUGAAAUGGUACCUGUGCAAAUGGGCAGUUAUGGGUUGGGUUUAUCAAGAAUAGUAGCAUCUGUAGUGGAAGUUUUAUCUACAGAACACGAAAUACGAUGGCCCAGUUCACUUGCUCCUUUCUCUGUCGUAAUAAUACCACCCAAAGCGGGCAGCAAAGAGGAAAAGGCCGCCGGGAAUUGUGUCGAUUUCAUUUCGUCUUCAUUAAACCAAAUACCAUCACUUCAAAAUGAUAUUAUUUUAGAUGAUAGAUUAAAUUUAACUGUUGGUAAAAGAUUAAUGGAUGCAAAAAGGGUCGGUUAUCCGUACAUAGUUGUAAUAGGGUCGAAACUUCUUGAGAACCCUCCCUUGUAUGAGCUAAUUGAUGUUAAAAAUGAUUUAAUUACUUUUUUAAGCCUAGAUGCUCUAUUUGAUUUUUUUAGAAAUAGGAAAUUAAUAAUUGAUCAAGAAGAAAUUAUUGCUGCACUGUAACAUAAUCUUACCAAUUAAUAAUUAAGUAAUAAACAACAUAAAGAUAUCA